UAGUUUGUCUGCUGUCAGACUGUCAGUUCUUGCGCCGCCGCUGACUGUUAAACGUGUUAGUAAGCGAUGAGCAAAUUUGAAUUUUGUAAAGAAAAUUAUUUGGUUUUUUAAUUGAAUUUAUUACUUUAAUUAAAAGAUUACUUAUUAAAACACGGAAAAGAAAACUUCUUGUUUUCCGGCCGCUUUCUAAAUUUCAAGUCUCUUCGUUACGGUCAAGUGAUUGAAGGUGUUAUAUCAUAUUUUAGUAUUGUUUAUUGGACACAAUGGACCAAAGCAGUAUAACUCCUAACACAUCUAAUCAGCAGCUGGUGAUAAAUGGAGACAAUGAUUCUGCCACUGCGCUUCUUCAGGAGAAGCAGGCUAGAAGACGUGAAACUUUGAGUGAUGUUACUUUAAAAGAAUUCAUGACUGUUGGGAUCCUGUGCUUCGUUAACCUCAUCAAUUAUAUGGACAGAUUCACGAUAGCAGGAGUGCUGGAUGACGUCAAAAAAGAGUUUGCCAUCGGCGAUGAUAUGGCGGGCCUGCUUCAGACUGUGUUCGUGGUGGCAUAUAUGAUAUUUGCGCCUAUAUUCGGCUACCUGGGUGACAGGUAUUCGCGAAGGGCGAUCAUGGCGUUCGGAGUGGGUCUGUGGAGUGCCACGACGCUUAUCGGGUCUUUUAUACCGGACUUCGCAACAUUCGCGGUAUUUCGUGGCCUAGUGGGAAUUGGUGAGGCGUCCUACUCCACGAUAGCUCCGACCAUCAUCAGCGAUCUCUUUGUGGGGAAUGUCCGGUCAAAGAUGCUUGCCUUUUUCUACUUCGCGAUUCCGGUUGGAAGUGGUUUCGGUUACAUAGUUGGCUCCGUAGCCGGUGCUAUGGCAGGAGACUGGAGAUAUGGCCUCCGAGUCACGCCCUUUCUUGGGGGUGCUGCUGUAGCUCUGAUGAUCUUUGUCAUGGAGAACCCUGAGAGAGGACAGGCGGAGGAUUGUCAUAUGAAACCAACGUCGUACCGCGACGACCUUAAAUCAUUAGUAAAGAAUCCGUCCUUUAUGUUGUCAUCCCUGGCGUUUACCUGUGUGGCCUUCGUGACUGGCGCCCUCGCGUGGUGGGGACCCCAGUUUAUAUUCCUGGGACUGACAUUACAGCCUAACACUGACAUUACGCUUGAAAGGGUGGCGUUAAUCUUCGGCGCAAUCACGAUGUUGUCUGGCGUGGUUGGAGUUCCGUUGGGCGCGUGGCUUGGUGCGACACUGACCAAGCAAUUCCCUCGCUCGCAUCCUAUCAUCUGUGGGGUGGGCCUCCUCAUCUCAGCGCCAUUGAUGACACUAGCGAUGCUGCUCUGCGAGGGAUAUUUCUACGCGCCGUUCGUCCUCAUAUUUUUUGGGGAGGUCGCUUUGAAUCUCAACUGGGCUAUUGUUGCUGAUAUGUCGCUGUACGUGGUCAUACCACCACGGAGAUCGACGGCUGAGGCAUUCCAGAUUUUAAUAUCACACAUGUUUGGGGACGCAGGAAGUCCCUACUUGGUUGGUGUGAUAUCCGAAGCCCUAAAACUCUACUAUUCAACACCAUCAGAGCCUGCGAGCAAAACAGCGGAAUUUCGUUCGUUGCAAUACGCUUUAUUCGUAACUUGCUUCGUCGAAGUGGUCGGCGGAAUAUUCUUCCUUAUCACCGCGCUCUAUAUCGUCAGGGAUAAACUGAAAGUCGAUAGAGCUAUCGCUGCUACUUCAAAAGUAGUUUAGAAGCCGAAGCGCAGAACGCAGAGCCGUCUCACAGUAACGCGCAAGAGCCACUAGGAGGAGAUUAGAAUAAUUGUAGUUAAAUUCGCGUUUUAGAUCUGUGAGAUGAUUCACGAAAUGAUCGUUUCGAGAUAAUUUAUCACAAAAUAUUGCUUUGAUAAAUUAACUAAAUGAUCAACGAAGAAGACUGAUUAAGUAUGCACAGCAAAUAGGGAUGAUUGAGAAAGGCAACACGUGCCUGAGUAGGAAUAGCCGUGUGGCUUGAAGCACACUUGGCUACUGAUAGGAUUAAUAUUACCGUACGCAUACAAUUUUAAACAAGCGUCAAUCGUGAUAGAAUUAGGAUGCCAUUAGUAUUAAAAUGUUAUAAAAAAAUGGCGUUACCUUUCUCGGCUUAAAGUAAAUAUCGCUUCUGCAAUUUUCUUCUUUAGAAAAUUUAAAUAAUGUCUACAUUUACAUCUCAUAUUAAUAAUUUAGAAAAUUCUUAUAAUCUCGAAAGAGACAACCGUUCGUUCUAGGCCAGUUAAGUUAGUGUUCUUGACGUGUCAAUACUUUUGAUUUGUCUAUGUUGUCUUACACUAUAUAAAAACGAAAUACUAAAAUCAGGUGAUUCUAGUCAAGUGUGCAACAAGCCUCACCUCAGCCUAAGUACAUAAUGUUUAUUUGUCAAUAUUUAAUUACCUCAAGCACUUGUUACACAAGAAAUAGAUAUUUAUUUUGUUCAUCAUAAAGUAUUAAAUUAUUAUUCAAUGCAAAAUUUAUCUGUUGUAUUCAUACAGUUUAACGGUUAGUGCAAAUAAUUUAUAUACUCUCCCAGAUGCAUUUAUAAUUAAUCAAUUUAUGGAUAUUCUGUGUUUUAUUCUUAUCCAUUUCAUUGGAAUUCUUCCUAAGUUUUUCUUUCUAUUCUCAUGUUAUCGCCUACAGAUGGCGCUAAUAUACAUUCUAAUGUAAGGGAAGCUUAUUCGUGAAAACUAAAUCAGCGUAUUUGCACCAUCUUCAAACGACUUUUCAUACGAGUAAAUACAAUUUGACAGUAAGCUGUCAGCGUAAGAGAUUUACGAUAGACGCUGUCAAAUUGUAUAGACGAAAUAGUGUUUUGGAGUGCCAUUACUGAUUUAGUUUUGAAGGGAGUAAGUGUAGCGUAGAUUUGCCAAGUUUUAAUUGAAAUCAAAUGCAAUAGUUAUUAUGUAGUUGUAUUAUUAGAUUCGAGGGUCUGUUGUCUGUACCGAAUCAAGAUGUCACAAUCUGAUUCUAACUGAUACUAGGUUUUCGUUUUCAUGUAGUUCUAUAUGUUGGGUUGUUCAUUAACUUGAAUGUGCUUUAACAAAUUGGUAAGUUACUUAUGCAAAGUUAAACUGUAAUGAAUGACAAUUAAGACUGAAUUGUUUAGAAUUCCUAAUAGUGAAAUUUGUUUUUGUAAAUAUCGUGUAAUGAUGGGAAUUGAAAAUAAAUUAUUUUUGAA